CGGUUCUCUCACUCGAAUCACUUCGACUUCCAAGCCAUGGAGAACCUCAGCCAGAUCCCCCAACAAGCUACCGGCGCAAAAUCCCCAGAAGAUGAAGCAAAGCGCGCUCAAGAAGAGCAGAUGAGGCGCGAUUUGAUGGCCACUGUGUUGGAUACAGCAGCUCGGGAACGAUUGUCCCGAAUCGCGCUUGUCAGUCCCGAGCGAUCGCAACAAAUUGAAGGCAUCUUGUUGAGAAUGGCGCAGUCGGGUCAGUUGAGAGGACGAGUGUCGGAAAACCAACUUAUUGAACUCCUCGACCAAGUGGAAGAAGCUCAGGGUGCCAAGACGGCAAAGAAAGCGACGAUUGUGUAUCACCGAAGGAAGGAUAUUGAUGAGGACUGAUUUCGACUUCUAAACAAUUUGUAUAUCUAACGUACUCAUCUCGUGUAUCCACUUGAUUUCUAGUUAUAUCCGCGUCUUCUCGGGUUCCAAUCUGGCUCUUCCUCGACGACCAUGCUAAUCAUUUCAUCAUAUAAAAUACAGUUGCAAUACAAGAAUACAG